AUGGCGGACCCUCUCAUCGGACCUUUCACGGAGCUCUGCGGAGCCCUUCGCGGCCUGCAGGAGCAAGUAGAGCAGCUCAGGCGCGUCCACAACGCUGUCGACGACUUCAACUCGGCGUUUGGCGCCUUCCAAGGGGCUAUGGCUCUGCACGCAUCGUGUCUCUCGUACCCCAAGACGACUCUCUCUUCAGCUCUGCUGACUCGGGGGCUCAAGGACAAGCACGUGUCUCCCACGACAGGAGGUACGAACGCAAGCGCGUUGCAUACUGAAAGUGGCAUCCACGCGAAGCGAGAGGGGUCUUUGGGAGGACGCAAUAGCAGCAGCAAGUCGGAAACCCGCCCUGGGAACAAGCAGCAGCAGCAGCAACACGUCAAGCCCCCGAAGCAGGUGACCGGUACUGCGAAUAGCAUCAAGCGGUACGGAAAAGUGGAGCCUCAUGGACCGAGCAACACUCGGAUCAAGAGAAGACGGACGACGCAGACGACCAAGAUAGCGCCACCAGCGUGGACGUGGGAACGCCAUGUCCGAGAGAAGAUUCCACGCAAGUACCAGAGUCCAGCGGAGCUGAAGAAGCUCGAAAAUAUUGUCCUGUAUCUCAAGAAUCGUCAUUGUGCCAUCUCGAUUUCGGACCUCGUGAACCACAGCGGGCUGCCUGUGAUUCGGUGCAAGGAGAUUUUGCAGACGCUCAUGAAGCUCGACAUUGUCGAGCGCAAGCGCGAGAAGUCGGGGUUUGUCUACAGCUUUGGCUCCUCCGGCUAA